AUUUAUUGUUGUUAAAUCGGUCAAAGAUUUGCUUAUACAAAGAAAAGGGAUCGCUGAUGUGUCGUAUUUUAAACGACGUCGUUUUUUUUAAAUCAAUGACCCGAGCUCGCUAGUAGCAAAUCGCAGCCUGAGGUUUUGUUUGCAUCUGUUCGCGUGCCGUGAUAACGCACUCCCACGGACGCGCCAGGGUGGCUCGGCAAACACCUUAAUGAGCACAAACCAUCUGCUGCUGUUUCACGUCCACGAAGCAGAAACACUCUGCUUUGAGUGGAAAUCCGUACACGUUUAAACUUGCAUUGGCUAUAUAGAAGUGCUUGCUUUAGGUAUGCCCUAUCGCCACACUACAAACUAUAGGUUAAAUAUUCAAGUUAAAAUAACGUUUAAGGAUACACAUGGCGUUUUAGAAGGCAACGGGUAGACUAUUCCUCGCGAAUGUGGCUAUAACUAUGGUUGAAUGUGUUGCACUAAAAAACAAAAGAAUUCGAUUGCAUCACAGUUUUUAUUUUUAACGAAUUUUGACGUGUCUAAUUUCAUUCCAAUUUACCUGUUGUAAUUGAUUUGAUUCAGCUCAAAUAAGGGUAGGCUAACUUCACCUCGCCGCCCCGCGCGUCAAACCCAUGAGAAUACAAUCGACCCCGGGUCGUCCCAUCCAACCACAAAGGCGGCAGGAGAAAACACGUCGCGAGAUUUACAUGCUAACCAUCUGCCGUACUUACCCGGUUAAAUAAGCUACGGUUUAAUGCACUUUUCAAAAACGAACAAGUUCCCGGAGUCGGCAGCUGUCUUUCCUACAAUUUAGCGUCUGCUAGAAACAGUGCUUGCCCGGGUUGAACAAAUUUGGCCUAUAUUCUAGCACUUGUUGGUGUCCGUUGUAUUUUAAAAACAAAAAUGGGUUUGCAUUUCCGAGUGCAUCGUUUACUUCAGGAAAGAAAUAAAAAAAUGACGUUUGUCAUCAUUAGGUGUAGUGUUAAAAACAAUCGAAAUAUGGAAAUAACGUUACACUGACGUUUAUUAUGGUUUCUGCUAAUAUACACAACCGGCACACGACGCACCACGCUUGUAUUCCGCCAAGUAACACGAUUACUUAACCAAGCUUAAUGGCGCGCUGAAGCGGCAGAUGGUAGGCGGCCGAAGAUAAUAAUAGUGGGACUAAAUUAUGCCGCUACACUGCUCCCUUUUGACACCACAGCGGUGGCAAACGUCGCAGACUUAUCGCGACAUUGUCGGCUGUUUGUUUCAAGGUAGGCUAACAUUCCUGCGUCAGGUUUGAGGCGUGUUUACUGCACAUUAGUGCGUCAGAGCGCCAUCUAGCAGGGGUCUAAAAGCGUUUAGACGUUCGAACAGAUUACGAUCACUGGUUCCUUUUUUCAGGAAACAACGCGCUUGCUAUAAAUUGAAACUAUACGAGUCAAACGCACGUAGUUAUGCCAGAUUGUCGUUUGGAUUAGUAAGUGAAAGCAAAUAUGUAUUUAAAUGAGGCUGGCUCACCGGAUUCCGGGUACAGAUCGAGCAGUAACGAUGAAACUGAAGCAAAGCAAGAUAAUUCUUCUAUUCCUCACACGCAAGAUAUCAAGGCACAAGAACCAGACACUGCAGCGGUUGAAGAUGAACUGCGAACCAAUAAAAACAAUCCAGACAAAGAAGUCAGUGAAAAGUUGAAUGUAUGUGACGAAACUCAUGAAAAAUCAACUCGCAAGAGACGGAGUGUAAAGCAGACAAUAAGUACAGACGAAGAAAAUACGUCGCCAGUAUUAGGUAUUCGGAUUCUACCAGCUGAACAAUUCAACAAAGACAAUACACACCGGAACGAUGAAAGAAUGAAAUCUACAAACGUGUCAGUUGACACAGUCUCAUCGACAGCAACAACAGAAAAUUCGUCCAAGUUUACCUGCCGACUUUGCUGCGCAUCUUACGGUGACUGUUUGUCAUUAGCCCGCCAUAAAUGCGCACGAAUGGUGAACGUGAAAUACGAAUGUUCAGAAUGUGGGAAAGUCUUCGGUUGCCCAGCCAACUUAGCCUCCCAUAAAAGGUGGCACAAACCUCAAGAAAUGAACCGAAAGUGCGAAACCAGCAAGAAAAACAAACGUAAAAAAGUGACUAAAGAUAAUGAUGACGUCACAGAGGGGUUGUUGCCGUUUGUUAAUUUAAAAGCUGUCAAGGAGAAACAUGAAGCAUCCGUGUCACCGUCGUCUCCACUCAGCACAACGUCCGAAGCUUCACAAAAAUUUGACAACGAACCGGGAAAUUACGAUAGUCGAAUAAAAGCAAUUUAUCCAUGCCCGGGUUGCAAGCGAAGGUUUCGUCGCCAAUCCAACAGAAGGAAACACGCGUUAAUUAAGCAUGGCUUGGACCUUGGUGGCAGCCCAGCCCGAAGCCGCACUGCCAAACCACAGAACGCAAACGGUUCAAAGCAAGCAGGAGCUCGAACGAAUGCUCACCGGUCAUUGGAUGCACCACCAAGCAACUGCAGUUUAUCAACUCUAGCUUUAGCUGCAGAAACACUUGAUAAUGGCGAGUCUUCUGAAGACUACAACCCUUUAGCUCAGCAAAGCAGUUUUUCUUCGAAAACAAAUCCAAGUGUACCACGUCACGAAGAAUCCGAUUACCCGCUCGAUCUUCGAGUCAGAGCUCCAGCAAGCACAGCAUCGAACAUUGCCCAUAGCGUUGCUAAUAUUACCAACAAGGGAAAAUCAUCGAAAAAACACGAUCCUAGUUACACUGUCCACAGUUCUUUUAUUGCUUACCCAGUACCAGAGUUAGUUUAUCCAAAUUCGCCAAUGGCUCCCCAUGCUUUUACAGGCUACCAAAAUGUACAGCCUGUUGGCCAACUGUUGAACUCCGCGUACGUUCCCAGCCCAGUGGGCUGGCCUAUGUCGAGGUACCCAUAUGGGGACGACGCCCUUUCUGUUUUAAAUAUGAGCCAUUUGCUUGCAUCUAUACAUUACCGCAUGUGAUUUGUUACAGAACGUGAGAAUAAAAUGCACGGAAUUCGGGACUAA